AUGAAUAUAAACAUACCUGUACAGAGGAGACGUUCAGUUAAACCACCUGAGUUAGAAAAAGCAGAUAAGGAAAUGUCAAAGGCUUUUAAUACGUUAAACCAGGCUAUUCUCAAUAAAGACCAACAAAAUAAAAUAGAGGACGACUGCGAUUUGUUUGGGAGGCUUCUUGCUAACAAACUCAGAAAAUAUUCAGAUAAUGAGAGACAAGAAAUAAUGUACGAUAUUGACUAUUAA